CAGUACGCAACGUCACACGAAUCAUACGCAGUGGCGAAGCUAAGAAUCCGCAAGCGCUCCCAUCACAGUGGAAAGACGAAAAAAUCCCUCACACCCGCAUACACGUUUCCUCUCUUUUACCAUCACAGCGGAGCAACGUGACUAGAACACACUAAGAAGGUGCUGCUCGGUACCACGGCGACGGAGAGGACAGAGCGCUCGGCCAUGUCUGGCUCAUCGGGGCAGAGGAAGGGGGCGGCAGCACGUCUGCGCAAGUGUGCCUUUUGCAAAACCAACCGGGACAAGGAGUGCGGCCAGCUGCUGCUGUCGGACAACCAGAAGGUGGCCGCCCAUCACAAGUGCAUGCUUUUCUCCUCCGCGCUGGUGACGUCUCACACGGACAGCGAGAACAUCGGCGGCUUCUCCAUCGAAGACGUGAAGAAGGAGAUAAAGAGGGGAAACAAGCUGAUGUGCUCGUCCUGCCACCGCCCUGGCGCCACCAUCGGCUGCGAUGUGAAGACCUGCCGGAGGACGUACCACUUCUACUGUGCCCUAUGGGACAAGGCCCAGAUCAAGGAGAACCCCUCCCAGGGCAUCUACCUUGUGUACUGUCGUAAACACCGGGACACCACACAAGACUCCAGCGAAGAUGAGCUGGGGGGUGUGGCCAAUGACUCAGACUCCUCCCCUCCCAGAGGCAGGGGACGGGGUCGUUUAGAUAAGGGACGGAUCAAGGCCAGCUCUCGCGGCCAAUCGGAUGACACCCGCUCUACGUCCUCGCACGGAGCAGAUGAUAUGGAGAGCGCCUUGCACCGGGACCGCUCCCCCUUGCGGGGCAGCCCCAGCGACUCGGGCCUGCGCUGCGGCUUCUGUCACGCCGGGGAGGACGAGAACGAGACGCGCGGCGUGCUACACGCCGACAGCGGCAAGAAGGUGGCCGCGCACUACAAGUGCAUGCUCUUCUCGUCCGGGACCGUCCAGCUCACCACCACCUCCCGCGCUGAGUUUGGAAACUUCGACAUUAAAACCGUCAUCCAGGAGAUAAAGAGGGGAAAGCGAAUGAAAUGCACCCUGUGCGCCCAGCUGGGAGCCACCAUUGGGUGUGAAAUUAAGGCCUGUGUGAAGACCUACCACUACCACUGCGGCCUGCAGGACAAGGCCAAGUACAUCGAGAACAUGGCCAGAGGCAUCUACAAGUUGUACUGUAAGAACCACAGCGGGAACGAGGAGCGUGACGAAGAGGACGAGGAGAGGGAGAGCCGCAGUCGAGAGAGGGCCGGCAUCGACCAUGGAGGCACCCUCCCUUUGCCCCCGCCUCAAAUCAACGGCAACUAGGCGCCCCUCACUCCCAUUGGUGGUUUUUAAGAUGACACAAGGAUGUGGUGCCAUGGAUCGAAGAUGGCAGAAAAAAUAUUUUUGUAUUGCGUUGUUCUCUGAAACAUAGGGGCCCGUUCAUUUUAACCUCUCCCGAAAAUUCUUGCUGCCUCUGAUAAGACACACAGCCACAUAUGCAGAUGCCACUCCCGUGCCUUCUACAGUAACCUAUAACUUAUACAGGUUUCUGUGGGGGAGUUUUGUCCAGUCGCAUUACAUCUUAGGCAUUCAGCAGACACCCAAUCAAGAGCAGCUUAUAGUCUAACAGUUUCUACAUACAAUCCAUUUAUACAGCUGGGUAUUUUUUACUGAAGCAGGUUGAGUACCUUACUCAAAGUAUAACUGCAGCGCCCCACCAGGGAAGUGAACCCCCGCACACUUUGAUUUGCAAGUACCGGUUCCCUAACCUGUACCCUACCCCGCAAGGCUGUCCUGUUGCCUCCACACUCCCGCGGACAAUACACAACAAGGACUGAGGUGCCCUGCAGGGGGCAGAACUGUGGAUAAACAGGACCAUGCUGUCAUCGCUCACUCUGGUCUCAGUGUGGGACCCUGACACUCUUUCUGCAAACGACUGGACUGGAACUCGGCCUUCGUUUGCAUCCUGCUCACGUUGUGCUCCCCAGUUUCACACAAAAUGGUGGGGAACAAAAUCAACUUUUUCUGGAUUCGUCAUAAGGAGGUGGUCAUCUAUUUGUCUUGUUCGCCUUUUUUUCAUGCCAAUCAUGGAGGCAUAACUAAUUCUCAUUUUCUUUUUGUAGAAACUGUAAUAUUUUCCCCCCUUUAAUCAUGUACUAUAUUUUACUACUGUAUUAUUAUCUUGAUUGUUAUUGGGAAUGUCUGUGGCUUUCUUUAUACUCGGUCAGGAUUAAAAUUCCUCUGGUAGCAUGAAA